AUGCGAGGGUCCCCGGCUGUCCCCUCCCCGCGGCUGGCGCUGCUGCUGCUGCCCGUGCUCGCGCUCCUGCUGUGGCUCCCCGCGACCCGUCCUGGGGAGGAGUGGCGGGGGGCGCGCGGGCGUGAGUGUGCUCGUGCGGGGUGGCGCUGGGGCUCCGCCGCCGCCGCCGCCGCGCCCCCUCCCCCACCCACGCCCCCCGCCUUCAGCCUGGGGACCCCCGAGGGCAGCGCGGGAACACUGCAGUGCCACGGAGUGGCGCCCCUGGGGGACCUGAACUGCUCCUGGGAGCCGAGUGGGGACAGAGCCGCCCCGUUCCUGCUGCACCUGCAGAGCCAGUACCACCCCAACAGGACGUACACCGUGGCGGUGGCUGCCGGGCAGCACUGGGUGACCGUGCCUCGGGAACAGCUCACCGCCUCGGACAAACUCCGUGUCUGGGGGUCCAGGGCAGGCCGGCCGCUGGGGCCUCCGAUCUCCGUGAACCUGGACACUCGAGUGAAACCGAAUGUCCCGCAGCUGUGGCCAAACGUGGACUUCUCAGAGGGCGAACCCCUGGACGCCACGGUGCAGUGGGCAGCACCUACGUGGCCAUCCCAUAAAGUCCUCAUCUGCCAGUUCCGCUACCAGAAAUGCCUGGAGCAGGACUGGGUCCUGCUGGAACCGGAACUGGAAACCAUCCCGCUGAGUCCCCUGGAGAUCCAGGACCUGGAGCUGGCGACCAGCUACCGGGUGUCCGGCCGCUGCCGCACGCAGGACGAGGAGGACUUGUGGGGCGAGUGGAGCCCCAGUCUCUCCUUCCAGACGCUGCCCUCGGCUCCAAAAGACGUGUGGGUGUCUGGGAACCUCUGCGGGACGCCUGGCGGACAGGACCCCCUGCUACUGUGGACGCCCCCGGGGUCCUGCCUGCCAGUGAGCUACAGAGUGUGGGUUGCAGAGCAGGAGCUGCCUGGGGAAGGGGUUGCCUGCUGCAGUGCGCGCAUCCCCGCGGGCACCCGGUGGGCUGCUGUGUCCGCCGUGAACGCCACGAGCUGGGAGCCGCUCACCAACCUCUCCUUGGCCUGCUUGGACUCCGCCCCCCGCGGCGUGGUGGUCAGUAGUGCGGGGAGCACAGAGCUGCGAGUGAGCUGGCGACCGCCAGGAUCCGGGGUGCCGCAGGAGUACGUGGUGGACUGUGCUGGAGACGGAGAGCCCCUGGAGAAGCUGUCCUGGAUGCGGCUUCCGCCCGGGAGGCUCAGUGCCCUGUUAGCAGGGAACUUCACAGAAGGGGUCCCCUAUCGGAUCACGGUGACCGCGGUCUCGCCUGGGGGCGUGGCCCCUGCCCCGCCGGUGUGGGGGUUCACCCAGGAGCUAGCACCCGUCAUGGGGCCGGCGCUUUGGCGACUCCGGGAUGACCCCCCGGGGACCCCUGCCGUAGCUUGGGCGGUGGUCCCCAGGCGCCAGCUCCGAGGCCAUCUCACUCACUACACCGUGUGUGCUAGGAGUGGAGGCCGACCCUCGGUCUGUGUAAACGUGAGUGGCAGCAUCCGGAAUACCACCCUGCCCAACCUUCCCCGGGGUCCCUGCGAGCUGUGGGUGACCGCGUCCACCACGGCGGGGCAAGGUCCACCUGGUCCCAGCCUGUGGCUUCACCUGCCAGAUAACAGCCUAGGGUGGAAGGUGCUGCCCGGUGUCCUGUCCCUCUGGGGCUUGUUCUUCGUGGGCUGUGGCCUGGCCCUCACCUUGUCGGGCAGGUGCCUCCGCCUGCGAUACAAGGUGCUGCCCCGCUGGCUGUGGGAGAAGGUUCCGGACCCUGCCAACAGUCAGUCCGGCCAGCCCCACAUGGAGGAGGUGCCUCCGGUGCAGCCCCCUGGGGACUUGGCCAUCUUGGAAGUGGAGGAGAUGCAGCCGCUGCCGGCCCCCGGGCCCCCCCAAGCCGCCAUGGCCCCCCUGGACUGUGGGUAUGAGAGGCACUUCCUGCCCACUCCCGAGGAGCUGGGCCUGCUGAGCGCCCCCCACCCUGGGGCCCUAGAUGCCCCAGGCUGCAGGGACCCGCAGUGAACACGCUGUGGCUCAGAGAGGGUGAGUCACUUGCCUGAGGACACAUAGCCAGGAGGACCUGGGACCAACGGGUCCCAACAUGACAGUGCCUGGGAUGCUGGGGGAAAAAUAUGUAAGGGUGGGUGAAGCAGACACAGGCACAUGUAUGGAGUCCAGAAUGGCAGCCGCCUCCCCAAAUCCACCUUCUCGCUGUGUCUGGACUCCGGCCCCGCCUCCCUUGCUGCUGGAUGCACCACGGCCGGAGUUCCCGACAACCAUGGGUCAGGAGCAGAAGCCACACGGUCGGUCUCGUGGGGCAGGGUGGGGGCUCUGCCGUGUUCUCUGCCCUCUUGUGGGAGCUGGGACACACACAUGCCCAUGACCUAGCCUUGGCCUUACCCAAGGGGAGGGUGGGCCAAAGAACAGAAAGGAACCUGGAUUCCAGAGUGAUGGCAGGGGUCAGAGCCUGGAUCCCCCAGAGACUGCCCAGGUCAGCGCCUGGAUCCCUCAGAGACCUCAUGAGUCAGAGCCUGGAUCCCUCAGAGACCUCCUGGAUCAGAGCCUGGAUCACCCAGAGAUGGCCUCGGUCAGAGCCUGAAUCCCCCAGAGACCACAUGGGUAGGAGGCUGGAUCCCUCAGAGACCUCCUGGGUCAGAGCCUGGAUCCCCCAGAGACUGUGUGGUCAGCUCCUGGAUCCCCCAGGGACUGCCCAGGUCAGAGCCUGGAUCCGUCAGAGACCACGUGGGUCGGAGGCUGGAUCCCCCAGGAACUGCCCAGGUCAGAGCCUGGAUCACCCAGAGAUGGCCUCGGUCAGGGCCUGGAUCCCCCAGAGACUGCCAAGGUCAGAGCCUGGAUCCCUCAGAGACCACGUGGGUCGGAGGCUGGAUCCCCCAGGGACUGCCCAGGUCAGAGCCUGGAUUCCCCAGAGACCACGUAGGUCGGAGCCUGGACCCCCCAGGGACUGCCCAGGUCAGAGCCUGGAUCUGAGUGAUCACCUGGGUCAGAGCCAAGGAAAUAAACGUCUAUAUUUUUAUAGCUACUGUC